UAUGUUUUCGUCACGUGACUUUAGUGACGACACAAAUAUGGCUGACGAAUGGACUAGCUUAUAAAAUUUGAAAAUUGUUAAAAUAUACUUAGACACAAGAUAGAUAUAAAUCUAUCUCUUAGAAAAUUGAUGGAAUGUUUUAACAUAUUGAUCUAGGUUCAAAAUCUAGACCUUAUUUUAUUGAUCUAAGCCAAUUUAAUGGUGUUAUGAAUCUUUCCACGUAGAUUUAGUCUACUUUUUUUUCAAGCUCUUAGUAUUUUAGUAGUGUAGUAGAGAACCAGAUUCACUCACUCAACUCACUGACUCAGAAUCAUGGUUUCCGCGAUCCUUUCAAGACUUGUUAUACUGGUCUUUGGGACUUUAUAUCCAGCCUAUGCUUCAUAUAAGGCAGUGAGAACCAAGAAUGUAAAAGAAUACGUGAAGUGGAUGAUGUAUUGGAUUGUUUUUGCACUAUUUUGUUCCGUAGAAACAUUUUCAGAUGUCUUCCUUUCGUGGUUACCUUUCUACUAUGAGCUAAAAAUAGUCUUUGUACUAUGGAUGCUGUCUCCAAUGACUCAAGGCUCAAGCUUUUUAUUUAAAAAGUUUGUGCAUCCACAUCUAGCAAGGAGAGAAAAAGAAAUAGAUGAGAUGAUUGAACAAGCCAGCAAACAAGGCUACUCAACUCUUUUGACAUUAGGCACUAAAGGUCUACAGGCUGUCAUGAAAACUGCAAUCAUGGGCCAGUCAAAACUUGUGGAUCAUCUACGAAGAAGUUAUAGCACAAGUGAUUUAUCAGAUGAUGGACAAAACUUGGUCAAACGUCAUGAGGCUUUAGACAAUCAAGAGGAGGAAGAAGAAGAUGAAUUGGACAACAGACUAAGAGAAGAUAAUGCAGAGUUAGAGAAACGUUCGAGGUUACAAAUUGUAAAAAGUAAAAGCACAUCAUCUGCCGCCCUCUCACUGUCUAGUGUUAAGGAAGAGGAAGGUGAAGAUGGAGAACAUGUCAUCACAGAAACAUUUACUAUACCAGCAACCACUAGUAAAAGGCACUACUCCAUGAAGGAGGUUAAACUUGACUCUAGACUACAGAAAGUUGAUAGAGGACCAAUGAAUUCCAAAUUGGAAACUUUCAUAAAGAAACGCUUUAUUGACAUUAAACUCCAUAAACCAAAACAGCAGAGCUGGGAUUUUGAUGGGCGACUAGCUGAUUACUAAACAAAUCAACACCUAUGGGACAGUUCCAAGAUCUAGGGCUCGUACUCGUGCAACUACUAGAAAAUCCAUUAUUCCACCAUGAUCUCCACGCCUUGAAUAGAUCCAAGGUCUUUCGUUUUAUAUACCUAUUUCUUUGGACUUGACUGAACAUCUAUUUAUGAGUGGAUUGUUUUUGUUCAUUUGAAUAGAAGUGACCAAGAAUAGACCUCAAGUUUAUUUGGAUGGAAACCUUUAAUAUAAUAAUUCACAUAUUAUUGGAUACAUUUUCGAAGCACAAAAUGUGCUAAGCUACAAUGAUUGUAAAUUGAUGUUUAAAAGGGUAAAGAUGUGUUACAUUUAUAUUUUUAAAAUUGUGUCGCCAAUGUUUCCUCCUCAAAUACAAUAUUCCAGAGUCACCAAAUCAGCAUUUUGUAAAGGGAUUUGUUGAUUUCAUAUUUCAUGGGCCUUAAGGUUAUCCAUUGCUUCAAUUUCCCUUUCAUUUUGUACAUAGUUUCAGUAGAUAGAAAAUGUUCCCUAUGUGUUACACAGUUUGAAAGUUACUGAAAGUGAGAGUUAUGGAAGCUAUGUGUCCUCUCUAAGUACUUAAUGUCAACCUGUGUGAUUAUCAUCCAGACAAACACUUCCAUAACUAGAAUUGUUAUUGCUGCAAUAUUUUAAUUUUUGUGUUAACUGACCCAUGGCUGUACAUUUAUGUAAAUAUGGGGAAAUAAGUUUAAUUUCUUUCAACUUUAUUAAGUUGAAGUACCCUUACUAAAUUGAUAUCUUCCCAAUUAUUUCACUAAAAGCUCUGUGAGUGUGGUGCUGAGGAAACCUUCUUUUUCAAUAUACUGAUAAGACACUUUGAAAAUAAAAUUCUAAAGAAAAACAGAAUAUAUCUAACAUUGUUAAGGCACUUUAAUUUAAAGCAAUUAAACUAUGUAAAAAGAUUUCUCACUACCAGUCUUCUAGAAUAAUCAAUAAUUCAAUAUACUUUCUAUAUUAUCUUACUGUCUUAAUGCAUGUGAUUUUCAAUGCUUACUAAGAUGCUUCUUUAAACAUUUAAACAAACUACUGCUAGGAUACUUGAAAAUGUUUCAUUGAAGCAGUCACAUACUUCUUUUGGCUUGACUUAGCCACUAUGAAGACAUCAGUGAUUGCAUAAAGUAAAAUUCAAUGCACCUAGCAGGACCUUUGUUCCAUUUUUUUUUUAGCGUUAAACUUUGUGUGUGUGUAACUAUUUUUUUUAGAAUCUGAUGAUUUUUUUUUUGGGAUACAUUCCAAUAUUUUAUAAGUAUCUAAUUUCAUUUCUGUUUUUGUUUUUUUCGACACACUGAACAUAUUUAUUGCGCAUGUUCACAUUUGAUAUGAUUGUGUUACUAAUACAGAAUUAUUAUCUUUUGGAAUCUGUUCAGAUAAUAUUAUUCAUAAUAUUGUUCUAGCUGCUGUGAUCUUGUAAACCUACACAGUUCUAAUCCAGAAGUGGGACAUUUGUUUUAUUUUUUUUACCCCUACCAAAAUUAAUUAUAUAUAUAUAUAUAUAUACAUAAGUUAUUGAUGUUCUUGCAAGAUGUACUUUAGUCAGAGCUACCCCUUAGUGUUUGGUUAGAGCAAACUACCUUUAAAGGAGCUAUUCCUGGAAGAAAGUUUCUGCAUUGGGACAAAAUAAAAGAGCCUAAUCAAUGUUCUAAUUAUUUCUACACACUUUUUUCUAAACAGUUGUUGUUGUUUUUUUUUUGGCCUUUAUUAUUUGGUCUUAGUUAACAUGGCAACAACAAAAAAAUGUAAAAAGAUUUCCAUGGAAUUUUCUGACCUGCUUCCACAAAACCCUUCAACAAGCUCAAUGUUAAGUGUAAAAAAACUGCCUUUUUUAAAUUCUUAUUUUUCAUGAAUCUUGAUCAACAAUGAAUCUCACAUGUCACCUGUUUAUAGAUCGUUGAGUUCAACAUUGGCAUUCUUGUGAAAGUUAUACUUUCAGUAUUGCUCAACCAAAAUUUCAAAAAUAAUUUUUCAAACAAAUUGUGUGAACAAUUUUCAUCAAAAACAGCAAUCAUUAAAUGUUUCAAAAUAGACCAGUUUUUACACAUUUUUGAUUGCACUGAGCUUAUUUUAAUCUAGCCAGUUCACACCUACUGACUUGAACCUCUGCAGUACAUACUAUUUUCCUUGUUUGUUUUCUCUCUAGACUGUAUAUCAAUCUAAUUGCUGAGUGCACUAACUCUCCUAGACUAUAUCAAUCUAAUUGCUGAGUGCACAAACUCUCCUAGACUUUAUAUCAAUCUAUCUACAUAUUUCUGAGUACACAAACUCUCCUAGACUGUAUAUCAAUCUAUCUACAUAUUGCUGAGUGCACUAACUCUCCUAGACUGUAUAUCAAUCUAAUUGCUGAGUGCACAAACUCUCCUAGACUGUAUAUCAAUCUAUCUACAUAUUGCUGAGUACACUAACUCUCCUAGACUGUAUAUCAAUCUAAUUGCUGAGUGCACAAACUCUCCUAGACUGUAUAUCAAUACAAUCUAUCUACAUAUUGCUGAGUACACUAACUCUCCUAGACUGUAUAUCAAUCUAAUUGCUGAGUGCACAAACUCUCCUAGCUCUUGGAAGGAUGUCAUUAUUGAUUUGUCCUCAUUUCCUCCUAUUGCUAUUUUGUCAUGUUCAAUAUUUUCCAAACCUAAACAAGCUUGGCAUCAUCCCUAGUCUUUUCAUGUUCACAUACCACACCCAGUCUCUCACCUUAGUCUAGUGAAGUUCAUGGGACAAAGUCUUGUUGGAUACUUUUGAAACUUAGAAGACAUCUUGUCAUCAUAAACAACUUGCUCACUGGGAUUUAUCUCAGUGAGAUAGUAUGUCAGUCAACUGAUUAGAAACGCGUUAGACUUUGUUGGUUUUCCACUGAUACAUCAAUGAAAAGCUUUGCUUACUCUCAGUCUGUGUAUGUAUGUGUGUACACUAGUGGAGUCCCAGACUCAAGUAUUUCGAAUGUAAAGGCGACCUGGGUGGCAUGGCUUUAAUGGUUGUGUUUAUUAAGCAUAUCAGAAGUAGUUUGGUUUUGCUGGUUUCAUUGUUUGAUAUUAUUUAAACUUGUGCAUUAUGAAAUAGAACCAAAUACAUUGAAGAAACUGUUGAGUCUCUGUGUGUGCAUGUAUUUGUUGUGUACACCCUUUGAACUCAGAUACUAGUUGUAUCAAGGUUUGUUUUUAAAUCCACAACUGCUGUCAUGGUGUUCAAAACAAACUACUGCUUUGUACUACUACACUAUUACACACUCUGCAGAAUGCAGAUUAAAUCUUGGUCUUUGUGA